GCAUGAAAGCAAACUCGGCCUCAAAACGAAAUCGCCUGAAGCCAUCCUGACGUGCUCUGAUGAUCCUGGCAAAUGUGAGUCUAUAGUACAAUGGAUUCUGCCGCAACGCUGUCUUUUCUGCAACUCUUUUCCUUUUUCAUCCCCUCGUUAAUCAAUGAAGACAGUUCAUUCCCGGCCAAGCCCUUCUUGGGGACGCAGGCUGGACUAUAUGGUCGACAUUUACUUCUGUCCAAGGAUAGCCGAACAAAUCUUCCACCGGUACACUGACAAAUAUGUUACGGCAUGUCCUGUUGUUGUAUUCCCACCCGGCAUAGCAGCAAGACAUGUGCGAAAGACCAAGCCGCUGCUAUUCAUGUCGAUACUGAGUGUCGCAUCCGCUGGGUUCUGUACUCUUGAUCAACAGAGACAAUUUGCAUUCGAAGCAAGAAACUUCCUGACAGAUAUUGCCAUCUUCAAAGGAGAGAAGUCACUUGAGCUUAUUCAGUCACUGCUUGUUGUAUCGUUCUGGUACAGGGCACCAGAGAAUUACGCACGGACGAAUCAGAAUCAACUUGCCUCUCUGGCUUUGUCUAUAGGCAUAGAUCUUGGGCUGGACCGAAUUGAAGAAUCAAAGUCUGCUGAUAGGAUUGAUGACAUGUGGAACAGAGCAGAGGCACAGCGAGCCUGGCUGGGCUGUUUUCUCUUAUGUGCAAGUCUUUCCUUGAUAAUGCGACGUCCAAAUCCCAUAAUGUGGACUCCACGAUUCGAGGAGUACAUUGACAAUUUGAAGCAGUCCAGGUUAUCUGCCACCGACGCCUUCCUUGGCGAACUUCUGACGACGGAGCAUUUUUGUCACGUUGCGGAUAAAGAAAUGUUCUUGAGUGAUCCCAGCAGAUCGGUGACUUUAUUGGAGCCCAAUACGCUUAGCAAUAUCGAAGGUCUACAAAAUCGGGUUGAAGGACUGCAUCUUAGUCAACAUAAUCUACUCGAAAAAUCUCUCAUCGAAUUCGGGAGACUCGUCAGUUCACUAUAUGCGCACGAGCUAGCCUUGCAUAUCAAUCACAACAUUGAUGAAUUCAAGGCACCCUUUUCCGCAAAUUCCCUCAAAUCAUCCAGGUUUGUCGAAGCACAGGCUCCAAGUAGGGUAUAUUUUUCGAUGAUUCAAACUAUCAUUAUGGCUGCGCAAGGGUUGCUGGACACCUUUAUCGGCUUAUCUACAUCCGACAUGCUUGCCCUGCCACCACAUAUUUAUGCGGGCCGCGUGAUAUACGCGGUAAUCCUGCUGAUGAAACUGCACAAGGCCCUUUCUGCGUGCUUAGGCACAUUGGGUCAAAUCAUCUCCGUUGACCAAUUACGUCUGGAGGCUUACGUUGAGCGGCUCUUGCUCAUUUCGAAGAACCUCAACGCGGAAGAUGGAGGCAGUUCCCUAAGUAGGGCGUUCCUAAUAAUGCCUCAACUAAAUGAGUGGCUUCGUGGUCACAUAUCAAAGUCUACUUUCGGGCUAGAUGAAGCUUCAGUAGAACAGGAGACUCGCAGUGAAUACUGUGCUGGGCCGUCGGUACCAAGAGCUGCCAACGGAGCGGAUAUAGUACAGAGUCUACUAGCCGCUAGAGAUGAGCAAAUCCAGACGCGCCCCGGCCACUCCAAGCUCGUAAGCGAUCUUGGAUCUCAGCAUGAUCACCCUUCUUUACAAGACAGGGAUCCCGUAAAGGAAGUUCAAACAUUCAGCCGCGAGUUAGCUUCAGAUUCGUGGUUCUGGGAAUUCUUUAAUGUAGACAUGCUGCAUUAGUCUGUCUUUCUGACAUCUUUUUAAACUAAAAGUUUCGGCAAGCCACUGUUUACUAGAGAGGAGAGCUUCUUUAUUAUCAUACUAAGUUUCUAA